AUGGACGAGUUCGAGAGCGGCGAUAAGGGAAUCGCCGGCCCGGCCCCGGGCCCCGGCGCUGGCGACGACGGCAACUCGGCGCCGCUCCCUGAGACGGUGCAAAUUGGAAAUUCACCAACCUAUAAGCUUGGAAGGAAGCUUGGAAAGGGUGGAUUUGGACAAGUAUAUGUUGGUCGACGUGUUUCCUCUCCCAGUCUUGGUGAUAGAAACCCUGGUGCAAAUGCUUUGGAGGUUGCAUUAAAGUUUGAACAUCGAACCAGCAAAGGUUGCAAUUAUGGAGCUCCAUCCGAGUGGCAGGUUUACAACACUCUUAGUGGAAAUCAUGGUGUCCCACGGGUACAUUACAAAGGAAAGCAGGGCGAGUUUUACAUCAUGGUUAUGGAUAUGUUGGGACCAAGCCUGUGGGAUGUUUGGAAUAAUAAUUCCCAUUCUUGUGGUAUCUGUUGUAGGAUGUCUGUUGAAAUGGUUGCCUGUAUAGCUAUAGAAGCCAUCUCCAUACUGGAAAAGAUGCACUCAAAAGGGUAUGUCCACGGCGAUGUGAAACCUGAGAACUUUCUGCUUGGUCCGUGUGGUACCCUGGAAGAGAAGAAACUUUUUCUUGUUGAUCUUGGACUGGCUACGAAAUGGAAGGGUGCUGGUAACGGGCACAUUGAAUACGACCAGAGACCUGAUGUAUUUAGGGGAACUGUUCGUUAUGCUAGUGUGCAUGCUCACUUGGGAAGAACUGGAAGUAGGAGAGAUGACCUUGAAUCCCUCGCAUACACACUUAUUUUUCUUCUCCGUGGCCGCCUACCUUGGCAAGGAUACCAGGGAGACAACAAAGGUUUCCUUGUCAGCAAGAAAAAGAUGUCCACCUCCCCAGAAUCUCUGUGUGGCAUUUGUCCACAGUCUUUUCGACACUUUGUUGAGUAUGUUGUGAACUUGAAGUUUGACGAAGAACCCAAUUAUGCCAAGUGCAUCUCUCUUUUUGAUGGCAUUGUUGGUCCACAUCCAGAUACCAGGCCAAUAAACACAGAUGGUGCUCAGAAACUAAUAUAUCAGGUCGGUCAGAAGCGGGGCCGUCUCAUAGCAGAGGAAGAUGAUGAGCAACCUAAGAAGAAGAUUAGAAUGGGAAUGCCAGCAACUCAGUGGAUUAGUGUCUACAGUGCCCGGCGGCCUAUGAAACAGAGGUACCACUAUAAUGUUGCAGAUGAUAGAUUAGUGCAACAUAUUCUGAAAGGAAAUGAAGAUGGCUUGUUUAUAAGUUCAGUUUCCUCUUCCGCAAACCUGUGGGCUUUAAUAAUGGAUGCUGGCACCGGUUUUACUGCUCAAGUAUAUGAAAUUUCUCAACAUUUCCUUCACAAGGAAUGGAUCCUGGAGCAGUGGGAGAGAAAUUACUAUAUCACUGCGUUAGCUGGUGCGAACAGUGGAAGUUCUUUAGUGAUCAUGUCAAGAGGAACAACGUAUGCACAGCAAUCCUACAAAGUAAGUGACGCAUUUCCAUUCAAAUGGAUAAACAAAAAGUGGAAGGAGGGCUUCUAUGUCACAUCCAUGGCUACAGCUGGAAGUCGAUGGGCAGUCGUCAUGUCCCGAAAUGCUGGUUUCUCAGACCAGGUAGUGGAGCUAGAUUUCUUAUAUCCAAGUGAGGGCAUCCAUCAACGAUGGGAUAAUGGUUAUCGCAUCACUGCAACAGCUGCCACCUUGGACCAGGCUGCAUUUAUCUUGAGCAUACCUAGGCGAAAGCCUAAUGAUGAAACACAGGAGACGCUAAGAACAUCUGCUUUCCCGAGCCAGCAUGUGAAGGAAAAAUGGUCAAAAAAUCUGUACUUAGCAUCCAUAUGCUAUGGAAGGGCGGCGUCUUGA